AGUGGUUUCACUUGGCCAAUUCCUGGAGUGACAGUAGAGUCGAGUCAAGUUUUUGGCGCCGUUGCCGGGGACGGCUAGGUUGUUGAAGAAAAGUGAUUUCAGUUAAUUUAGCCUUUUCUUUUCGCAUUCUUGCUUUUUCCCACUUGUGCCUUCACGGGUUUGCUUGCUUGAUUGUGUGCAGGUAGUGCAUGACCCGUAGCCAGUCGGGAGGUCUACUGCCAUUGAAUCCAGAGAUUGAACGCACCUGUCGCCAACUCAGGAGACAACAGCGAGCUAGACUGGCUACAGAAGAGCGCAUAGACGGCCACGUGAGCAGUGAUUCUGAAGAGGAGUACGAGAUGGAAGACUACAAUCAACACCAGGGGAAUCCUCAGCAGGCUCCCCCGGUGAAUCAGGUCCUGGGGAACAACCCCAUACCCCAGGAUCAUGGAGUUCAUCAUCCACCGCAGCCAGGUCCCACCUUGGAGUACUACUACACUCCGCGGAUUCCUGACAUCCGCCCGGUCAUCCUCUACCCGCCUAUCCCAGCAAACAACUUCGAGAUCAAGCCAUGCUGGAUUCAGCUCAUUACAUCUUCCAUCCAGUUCCAUGGCUUGAAGGAUGAGGAGGCCAGGGUACAUCUCUCCCGUUUUCUGCAGCUGACGAACGGGUUCAAGCUGAAUGGUGUCCCGGAUGAUGCAAUCCGCCUUCAUCUUUUCCCCCACUCUCUGGCGGGGAAUGCUAAGAGGUACUAUCCGGCAUCGAAGACUACAGAGAUUCAGCGGGAGAUCACUCACUUCCGCCAGGAGCCAGAUGAGUCACUUCGUGAUGCAUGGGAGCGGUACAUGGGAUAUUUCUGGCAGUGUCCCCACCAUGGCUUUAGUGAUGCAUUCACAAUCGGGAAUUUCUACAGUGCUCUCUCUCCAGACAGCCAGAGGGUGAUUGAGUCUCUAUGCCCAGGAUGGGAUGUUCUCACUAAGACCCCACCCGAGCUGACCCAGAUGAUUAAUACAUUGGCUGCCAGGGAUCAUUCCUGGGGGCAGAGCAGCAGAGGCAGAUAUUCUAGGGACCGUGGUGUGCACGCCAUGGAGACCAGAUCCGGGCUCGAGCAGCAGGUAGCUGAGCUAGUGCAAACACUGAAGCAGCCCAACAGUCUUAUUCCGGGCAGAGGUUUGGCCACACCUCCAGUUGCUCAAUGUCAGUGGUGUGAGAGCUCGAAUCACUUAGUGGAAGACUGCCAGGCUAUGAGGGAGUCUACUACCCCCCAGGAGCAGUUGGACUUCAUCGCCAAUGCUCGGCGCCUCGACCCGUACAGCACCACAUAUAAUGAGGGGUGGCGCCAGCAUCCCAACUUCUCUUGGGGCAGCAACACCACUAAGCCACCUGGUUUGCCAGCACCAGCAGGUGGCUUUCAGCAGAGGCAGCCCUACCAGGCUCGACAGGGGCCGGUUCCACAGCAGCAGCCCUACCAGCCUCGACAAGCGCCAGUUCCACAGCAGCAGCCCUACCAGCCUAGGCAAGGGCAACCCUUCCAGCAGCGCCAGUUUGCCGAGCCAGCAGCAGCUCCAGCUCCAGAUACUCAGAUGACGAAGCUGGAAAAUAUUCUAGCUUCAUUCAUGACAAGCACUCAGGCGACUAUCACGAGGUUGGACCAGAGUGUAGCCUCACUGGAGGCAGGUCAGAGGAACCAGGGUGCCAUUUUGCAGGAUCUGCAGACCCAGGUGGGCAUCUUGGCCCGCCAGAACACCACCAGGGCACCGGGGACUUUGCCUGCCACCACUGUCCCGAAUCCUCGGGAUCCUCACCAGCUCCAGCAGCUUGAUGCCAUCACUACCAGGAACGUGGGGGAAGACACAACAACGCCUGCUCCCAAGCCACAGCCAGUGGUUAAGGAGCAUGUACCUCAGCUUCCUUUCCCCACUCGCCUGCAUAAAGACAGGCUGGAGACUGAGUUUGCCAAGUUCAUGGCAAUGUUGAAGCAGGUCAACAUCAGCAUGCCGUUCAUGGAGGCACUGUCGAAGAUGCCCAAGUAUGCCAAGUUCAUGAAGGACCUCCUCACCAACAAGAAGAAACUUGGGGAUCUUUCGACAGUGAUGCUGAGUGAGGAGUGUUCUGCCAUCCUGCAGAACAAGCUGCCCGAGAAGCGAAAAGACCCAGGGAGUUUCACUAUCCCUCUUGUUAUUGGCAGCAUGCAUGUAGGGAAGUCCUUGGCGGACCUAGGCGCUAGCCUAAAUGUCAUGCCUUAUAAAUUGUUUAAGAAGCUAGGCCUAGGUGAACCUAGAACUACUAGGAUGAGCAUUCAAUUAGCUUAUCGUUCUAUCGUGCAUCCUAGGGGUAUUAUUGAGGACUUGCUUGUUAAUGUGGGUGCAUUCACAUAUCCUGUUGACUUUGUUAUUUUGUAUAUAAAUGAGGAUGUGGAUGUACCUUUGAUUUUAGGUAGACCGUUUCUCGCCACCGCCAAGGCGCUUAUUGAUGUGCAUAGUGGUAAAUUGAUUCUGCGUGCUGGUGAUGAACAUGCUACUUUUUCUGUGUCUGAGAAUGGGAAACACCCUCAUUUGCAUGAUGACAUAGAUUACUGUGAUAUGCUUGCUGAUUAUGAGACCGCACUCGCUAUCACGAGUGCGGGUACUGACGAUGUUCUUGAGCGUUGUAUUUUGCUAGGUGAGCAGGCAUCGCAGGAGCCGCAGCUGGCGGAGCAGUUGGCCGAGUUGGAGAGUGGCCCCUUCUUGGAGGGCGACAGGCUGUUUAAACCGAUCUCAUCCUCCACCCGCAUCGCUACUUCCUUGGAGGAACCACCAGAGCUGGAGCUUAAGCCCCUCCCUCCUCAUUUGGAGUAUGCAUUUCUCCGGGAGGGGAAUAAGCUGCCAGUCAUCAUCAGCUCGACCCUCACACCCGAGCAGAAGACCAGACUGGUGACCUUGCUGAAGCGGUACGAGCGAGCCCUCGCAUGGAAGAUCACAGACAUCCGGGGGAUCAGCCCUUCUUUCUGCCCCCACCGGAUACUGAUGGAGGAUGAGAUGCGGCUAGUGAGACAGCCGCAGAGGAGACUGACACCGAACCUGGAGGCUGUGGUUCGGGCAGAGAUCGUGAAGCUGCUGGACGCGGGGAUCAUCUUCGCCAUUUCCGACAGCAAGUGGGUCAGUCCCACCCAGGUGGUACCCAAAAAGGGUGGGAUGACUGUGGUGCCUAACGAGAAGAAUGAGCUGAUCCCGAUGCGCACGGUGACUGGGUACCGUGUCUGCAUUGAUUACCGGCGUCUCAACGACGCCACUCGGAAGGACCACUUCCCGCUACCAUUCAUUGAUCAGAUGCUGGAGAGACUGGCGGGGCACGAGUUCUACUGUUUCCUGGAUGGGAUGUCCGGGUACUUCCAGAUCCCUAUUGCACCGGAGGACCAGGCGAAGACCACUUUCACCUGCCCCUUCGGCACCUUUGCAUACCGGAGGAUCCCAUUCGGGCUAUGCAAUGGCCCGGCUACUUUUCAGCGAUGCAUGCUCGCUAUCUUUGACCAUCUGGUCGGAAAGAUUAUGGAGGUGUUUAUAGACGAUUUCUCGGUUUAUGGAGACUCAUUCUCUCACUGUCUCCAUAACCUGGAGCUUGUCCUUAAACGGUGUGAAGAAACGAACCUGGCACUGAGUUGGGAGAAGUGUCACUUCAUGGUUCGAGAAGGCAUAGUUCUUGGGCAUAAGAUCUCCAAGAUGGGGAUUGAGGUGGACAGAGCGAAGAUCGAGACUAUCAGCAAAUUGCCUCCUCCUACAUCUGUUAAGGGGAUCCGGAGUUUUCUUGGUCAUGCAGGUUUCUACAGGCGGUUCAUCAAGGAUUUCUCUAAGAUUGCUCUGCCCCUGACUAAGCUUCUAGAGAAGGAUGCCCCCUUCCAGUUCACUGAUGCAUGCACAGCGGCUUUCACGACCUUGAAGGAGAAGCUCACACAAGCUCCUAUCAUGGUUGUUCCUGACUGGUCCCUGCCAUUUGAGAUUAUGUGCGAUGCUAGUGACUUUGCUGUUGGAGCUGUGUUGGGGCAGAGGCGAGAUCAGCAUUUCCGACCUAUCUACUACGCCUCGAAGACCUUGAAUGAUGCCCAGGAGAACUACACCACCACGGAGAAAGAGCUGCUCGCAGUGGUGUUUGCCUUCGAUAAAUUUCGUCCUUAUCUGGUCUUGUCCCAUGUGAUUGUGUAUACUGAUCACUCCGCGAUUCGAUACUUAAUUAGCAAGACUGAUGCCAAGCCUAGGCUCAUACGAUGGAUCUUACUGCUGCAGAAGUUUGAUAUUGAGAUUCGGGACAAGAAGGGCGCGGAGAAUGUUGCUGCCGAUCACCUCUCCCGGUUGGACGCACCCCCUGCGGACAACCUCGAGGAGGAGAUCAAUGACUCCUUUCCCGAUGAGAGACUGAUGAUGAUGUGCCUGCAGCUGCCCAAGGGGAUGACAACUCACGCCAAGAGGAAGUUUUUCUCCGACCUGAAGUACUACUUCUGGGAUGACCCUCAUCUCUUCAGGAUCGGAGCUGACGGGAUCAUCCGUCGAUGUGUUAUGGAGAGUGAGAUGGAGGGCAUUCUAUCUCACUGUCAUGAAGGACCUGCUGGCGGUCACCACGGAGGAAACCGCACGGCGAGGAAGGUGCUCCAGUCGGGCUUCUACUGGCCCACGCUCUUCAAGGACGCAGACGCCUUCGCACGCAGGUGCGACCGAUGCCAGAGGUCAGGUAACAUUUCUGCCCGUGAUGAGAUGCCCCAGAAUGUGUUUAUUACUUGUGAGAUUUUUGAUGUCUGGGGUAUCGACUUCAUGGGCCCCUUCCCUCCAUCCUUUGGUAAUACAUAUAUCCUUGUUGCUGUUGACUACGUCUCUAGGUGGGCUGAGGCGCAAACUUUGCCCACUAAUGAUGCUAGACGUGUUUGUGUUUUUUUGAAGCAGCUAUUCUCCCGGUUUGGGACACCUAGAGCCAUCAUAAGCGACCGAGGCACCCAUUUUCAGGGUCAGUUCGAUAAAUUGUUGUCUCGCUAUGGUGUAACUCAUAAGGUGUCCGUGGCCUACCAUCCUCAAACCAGUGGCCAGACCGAACUGACGAACCGGGAGCUCAAGCGGAUCUUGGAGAAGACGGUGAACCUGUCCCGCAAGGAUUGGUCCACCAAGAUCGAUGAUGCUCUGUGGGCAUAUCGCACUGCCUACAAGACGUCCAUUGGUACCUCACCGUACCGGCUUGUCUAUGGAAAGGCAUGCCAUUUGCCCGUGGAGCUAGAGCACAAGGCCUUCUGGGCCCUUAAGCUGCUAAACUUGGAUGUUAGUGUUGCAGGUGUUGAGCGAAAAAUGCAGAUGUUGGAGCUGGAAGAGUGGCGUUAUCACGCCUAUGAGAACACCAAGCUGUACAAGGAGCGCACGAAGCGCCUACACGAUGCACGGUUGCGGGGUCCGAAAGAGUUCCAGGACUUGCGCCUGCACCCGGAGUACGCGGACCAGUUCCGCGCGGUGACUCAGGGGAAAUUGGCGCGCCACCACCAUCUGGAGUGGGAAGUGUUCGAGCAGCUCCACUGCAUGCAGGAGCUCAGUGCCGCCAUCAGCCACCCCGAUUGGCGCACGCUGCUGACUAUCGGUGAGCCCACCUACACGGAGCUGGUGUGGGAAUUUUACACCACUUUCCAGUACGACAGCAAGGCACCCCGGGAUUCGUAUGCUGUGACAUUCCGGCUGGGCGGCCACGCCCGAGAGCUGACCAUCGACGGGUUGGCCUAUGCCUUGGGGAUCGAGUACCACCCGUUCGAUCGCCACGAGGUCGAGAUCCCGCACCCGACCGACUGGCGCCAGGACUCGUUCUACCGCCGGAUAGCCAGGCGUGCAUAUGGGCAUGACGACUUCGAUCCUGGCCAGACAUACGUCUGCACCCUCCAGCCGCAGUGGCAUAUCCUGAACCUGCUCCUCACUCGCUCCAUCGUCCCCAACGUCACCGGCUCGCAUAAGAUUCCGAAGCGAGUGCUGUAUGCCAUGUACUCGAUGGGGUACCCGGAGCACAUGCUCCACUUGGGUUGUUUCGUGGCCACCACCUUCUCCCGGUGCCACGGGAGACCUACUCACCUCUACUGUGGUCCGCUGAUCACCCGUUUGGCGCAGCAUUUCGACAUCAGCUUCCAGGGCCUCCAUGAUGCUUCUGCACGGGGCGGCUCCACCCCCCUCAGCCGGGAAGUGCUCCAUAAUGCACUCCUCCUGACCAGUGAUGGCCCCCGCACCUGGGUGGAUGGGCUUUCUAUGCCUCCUGAUGAGGAUGAGGAUCUCGAUGACGAUGAGGAGGACGCUGACUAUUCUGUCACGGAGGAUGAUGAGGAGGAUGAUGAUGAUGAUGGCGGGGCCAUGGAUGCCGAUGAGCCGGAGCCCUCACUCUCUCCACCAGGGGACCUUCGGCCACGACGGAGACAGGAGCGAGGUGAGUCCUCCUCCGAUCCUUCUGGUCCGUCGAUGGAUUUCUUCACAGAGCAGUUCCAGCAGAUGGGGCUCCAGUUCCAGCAGCUCGGUCUUCAGAACCAGCAGCUCAUGGACCAUCAGCUCCAACUCGUUCUCCUCCUCUUCACCGCCGUCUUCCCCAAUGAAACAACAUCAACAGCAGUUGCAAGAUCAUCACGAUUAGAAGGCCCCUUCGAGGUCUCCCCCGACGGCAUCGUGAAAUUCGAGGAGAAAGAUGGCAUCGACUACGCCGCCGUCACCGUCCAGCUCCCUGGAGGCGAGAGGGUCCCUUUCCUCUUCACGGUGAAGCAGCUCGUUGCUUCUGGAAAACCAGAGAGCUUCAGCGGCGAGUUUUUGGUUCCCAGGUACAGAGGGUCGUCGUUCUUGGACCGAAAGGGCAGAGGCGGGUCCCAGGGUUAUGACAACAUGGUGGCGCUGCCCUUGGAGGGAGAGGGGAUGAGUAAGAGCUGGCGAAGGAGAAUGUCAAGAACGCGGCGACGUCGAAGGGGAAGAUUACAUUGAGCAUGACCAAGAGCAAGCCAGGGACAGGAGGUGAUUGGGUUUUUGAGAGAGUUCAGUCGUCGGACACCGAUUUGGGCGCCUCAAGGAUGUGAAGAUUCAGGGGGGUUUGAUAUGCUCAUCUUGAUUAAGUA